UCAAUUCGUACCACUUUGAAUAAUAAAGAAAAUAAAAUAAAUUUCUCUAGUUGGAAAAAAAAAACUUUUAAAAAAAUCAAAUCUCUCCCCAGAGAAAUGCCAAACUUUGUUACAGGAAAAUAGUGAAAAAUUAAAUUUUAGGAAUAAAAAAAAUGUCAACAAUCUUUCUGCUGUUUCUGGUUUUCGGGUCUUCCUUCGCAGCCGUUUGCAAGGAAGGAUGUCCCGUCGCCAACCAACUCUCCAAAUACAAGUUCGAACAAGGCAAGGCUUACACCUACAACGUUGACUCGCAAGUCACGGUUUUCCUGACGGGCGGCAAACAACAGACGCAACUUAAGGUCAAUGGAGUCGCUCAACUCUACUAUUCCGGCAACUGCCAGUACACGCUCUUCAUGCAAAAGGUCCAACUCACCAGUCCGGACGACAAGAAGGUCGCUGUGUCGAAGGAUUUGCAGAAACCCGUCAAAUUCGUUUUGUCGAAUGACGAGUUGUUGCCCGAAGUUUGUGCCGACUCGAGUGAUUCGGAGUUCUCGGUGAACGUUAAACGCGCAAUUAUCUCGUUGAUCCAAUCAGUGGAACAAAAGAGUUACGAAACAGACGUCUUUGGUGUUUGUCCCACAAAUACCGUCGUAAAUACGCUCGGUGACUCAACUGUCAUCACCAAAACACGUGACUUGAACACUUGCGCUCAUCGCGAAUCUUUGGCCGAUGGCUUCAUCAAGAGCGUUUUCAACGAAGCAUCUGGAAUCAAAUCCACUCCCGUCUUAAAUGGCGACUACUUGUUGGAACAAAAGAUCAAGGCUGGUGUCUUGGAUUCCGCCGUUUUGACUGAAAACUACGUGUACUUGCCCUUCUCCGGCCAAAACACGGGUGCUCGCGCAAAGGUUGUGACAAAAUUGAGUUUCACCAAGAGCGAAGCCAAGGAAGCUCCCCAACCCCAAAACCCCGCUGAACGUUCGUUGUUGUUCAAAGCCGACAAAGGCGUGCCAACCUCGAAUCCCGACAACCUUCGUGCCGUUUUGAAGAAAACCGUUGAAUCAUUCGACGAAACCUCAAAAGCCGUCGGAAAGGAAAGUGCUACUACAUUCGCUGAAUUGGUCCGUGCCUUGCGCGCUGCCAAAAAGGGAGAUGUUGCCUUGUUGUAUGACGACAUCAAGAAGGGCUCAUUGAAAUUGGACAAAGAAUUAGCACGCAAAGUUUACUUGGAUGCUCUUUUCCGUGCCGGAUCUGCACACUCGAUCACCUUCAUCGCUGAAAUUUUGAAGAAGGAAUUGAGUGAAAAGGAACAACGAUUGGCUUACUUGUCCUUCAACUUGGCUCAAACGGUAUCGCAUGCCAGUAUAUUCACUGUUGCCAAGACGUUGGGUCCCCAAUCGAUCCGCGAAGCUUACAUGGGUGUCGGAACAUUGGUCAAGAAAUUCUGCGAGUCACACACUUGCACUGACAAAGACUUGAAAGACAUUUUCCAAAAGUACGCUAACAACUUGGGAUCUUGCAAAGCUACGUCACGCCAACAAGAAGACAAAUUUGUCGCUGUUUUGAAGGCUGUUCGCAACACUGGUGUCAUGUUCGAGCCCGUACAAAGCAAACUUCUCACCUGUAUCGCUGACGGACCAUCAGCCCGUGUUCGUGUUGCCGCUUUACAAGCCAUCGGAGCGACCACUUGCUCGAAAGUCUUCUACGGAAAAUUAUUGGAAUUGUUGAAGAAUCGCUCACUCGACUCCGAAGUUCGUAUCGAAGCGUAUUUGGCUCUUGUUAAGUGCCCCACAUCGACUCUUGCUAACGAAGUCAAGGCUUUAUUGGACGACGAACCCAUUUAUCAAGUUGGUUCCUUCAUUUCGUCGCAUUUGAUGAACAUCCGUGCCAGCGCCGAUCCACAUCGCGAACAAUUGCGUCGCGUUUUGGGAAAUGUUCGUCCUAGUCAACGCUUCCCCUCGGACGUUCGCAAGUACUCGUUCAACCGUGAGCUCUCGUAUGCCGUUGAUAGCUUGGGUUUGGGUGCCUCGGUCGACUCAAAUGUCAUUUACUCGCAAAAAGGAUUCUUGCCACGUUCCGGAACCUUCAACUUGACCGGCGAACUCUUCGGAAAUGUCUUCAAUGUGUUUGACGUAAACGUUCGUCAAGAGAAUUUGGAACAAGUGUUUGAGCAUUUCUUCGGACCAAAAGGCGAACUCAAGUCUAGCAACUUCCAGGAGUUGUUCAACAACGCCUUGACCACCUACAACUCCGUCCUCGAAGGCACAAAGAAGCGUUUCCGUCGUGGCGUCGCCCGUGACGAAGUCGAUGGCUUCAAGAAUGGCUUGACAUACCAAAAUGAAGUUUUCUCCGAUGUCGAACUCGAUCUCUCGGUAAAACUCUUCGGAACCGAGAUGUAUUUCUUGAGUUUAGCUAACGAAGUGCCCAGCAGUCCCAAGGAAUUCGUCAACGCUUUGUUCAAAGCCUUAGACAAGAAUAUCAAGGACGCCAAAAACUUCAACAAAGUCUACGAAAAUCACGUUCUUUUCUUGGAUGUCGAUCUCGUGUAUCCAUCGGGUGUUGGUUUACCACUCAAACUCGGACUUCAAGGUGCUGCUGCAGCUCGUGUCGAAAUGGGCGUCGCCACCGAUGUCAAACAAUGGAAGAAGGCACCCAAAUUUUCCGUCACUUUUGUACCCAGUUUCAACGUUGAUGUGAGCGGAACUUUUGUCGUUGAUGCACAAACCCUCCAAGCUGGCUUGAAACUCGAAGGAAACUUGCAUUCGUCUACCGGAAGUACCUUGGACUUUGCCUUAUCCGAAGACAAGAAGACGUUCGACUUGAAAGUCUCGUUCCCCUUCAAGAACCAAGAGUUGGUAUCGUUCAAAACGAAUGCCUUGUUUGUCGUUCACGAUGUCCAACACGGAGACGUUGCUAUUCCCGUGACAGCUGAAAGUACCAAAAACCGCAUGCAUUUCUCCGAUUGCUUCGAUCAAUUCUUCCCCUUGAUUGGCAUCAAUGUUUGCCCCUCAUACGACCUCAAUAUCGGCGAUGGACCCAACACGCUUUCAUUCCCCUUCGCUGGACCCAAUUACGUCGCUUUGAAAUUAGAACUCGAGAAAGAAUUCACCCUCAAGGGACAGUAUGACGACUCGAAACCCAAACAAAAGUUGAUGACUUACACUUUUGACACGCCCGGAUCUGCCGAGAAACGCGAAACAAAACUCGAAUUGGAAGUCGGAUACAAUGUCGAUUAUUUCGUACGUGUUGCGUUGACUAAUCCACGUAAAUCUGCCUCUGCUGAAGCUGGACUCAAGCGCAACAACAAGGAAUUCGCUCUCUAUGCCAAGGCCAAGAACGAUUUCAACGAGUAUUUGGCGCAAUUUGGUUUUGAUGUCAAGGGUAAUGAAGCACGUGCCGAAUACACGCCCGUCAUCAUCUUCAAAACGCCCAAAGACGGCUCCAAUGACGUCAACGGAUACAAAGUCGACGGUAAAAUCGUCGUCGAACAAAAGGACGGCAACGUAAAAUUCACUUUUAACAAUGUCAAACUCACAACUCCCACAAACACCCCAUACGUCAUCAACGGUUUCGUCGAUCAAACCGGUCAAAAGGUCACAUACGACGUAAAUGUCGUCGAAGAUACGGGCGCCAAGCGUAAAGCCAGUCUCACCGGUGCCUUUGAAUACCAACAUAAGGAAAAAUUCUUGCUAGAUGUCGCUUCAACGAACGAUUUCGUCGAAGUUUUCAACGGACAAGUCAAGUAUGAACUAAAUCGCAAGGAGGGCAGUUUGUUGUCGAACGAUUUCCUCGUGGUUUAUGGCAAGGAUUACAAAACGAGCAAGAAUAAGGUUCAUUUGUACCAAUAUGCGGCUUACACGAAGGACGGAACGAAGAAAUUGACAACUUUGGACUCUGAAUUUAAACUUGAUGUGCCAGUUGUGCCGUUCUUGUUUGCCUUUAAGCACUCGUUCAAGCCCAACUUUGCCAACUUUAACUUGGACUUCCAAACGGAUCCGCAUAAAUUGAAUGUCUACUCGAACAACAAGUACAACAUGAAGACCAAGGGAGACUUUGAUGUCGAACUCGGAGGAAGCUUUAACAAGCACAAUGCUAAAUUCACCGGAAGUCGCGUCGUUGGGGAGAAAUUGUCCGAUGUCAAGUACGAUUUCGUCUCUAGCUGCGGAUUCAACUUUGGAUUGAACGGAAAGUUCGGAAAAUCUGCCUCUCUUGAUAACUUGCAUGCUGAUUUUGAAGCCAAAGCAACUUUGCCAAACAAGAAGGAUACACCAUAUAGCUUGAAAUUCUUCUUGGAAACAACAAAGACCGACUUCAAAUCCACUGCAAACGUUUUGGAAGGAGCGAAAACUUUGGCUACCUACAGUGCUGACGGCAAACGCGGAGAUGUCAAAGAAGGCAAAUUCGAUCUUGAUGUCACCGAAGUCUUGACUGGCAACGGUAACUUCAAAUCCGACAAAGGAAAAGGAUCCUUAACCACAUUGUUCGUCUUCAAGAAGAUCGAUCGCAAGGUCAAAGUGGAAAGCGAAUUCAAUGUUGCUCAACCCACGUACGACGUCAACACCAAAUUCUUCUACGACUUUGAAAAAGACAACAACAAAAAGAUCGAGUUCACCACAAAGAGCAACCUUGCCAGCAACGAUUUGUCGAGCAAGAACACUUUGUUGGUUCUCACCGAAAAAUACACAUUCAAUGUCGCCGGAAAAUCUGAAGGCACCAAAGUCAAUGGCAACCUUAACGGCGAAUUCGAGCUCGGACUUCCAACGGGUCGCAAGGUUUCCGGUCACUUUGAUCGUCAUCGCGACAUGAAAGACGAAAAAGGAAACGGCAAACUCAAAGUUUCGCUCGCCGAUGAACUCCCGAACGGAAAUAAGCGUUCCGUCUCAUUGGACACCGUCGUUAAAGAUGCCGACUUCAAGCACAAAUUCUUCGAUAUGUCACACAAAUUGUACUACGUCGGUUUCGACAAGAAGGAAGCAACCUUAACAAACACCGUUUCCCGGUUCCCCGGAAGUGGCACAACUAAAACUAACGUUGGCGUCAAAUUAGACGGAACAUUGUUGCCAAACCCAGUCACUUUCACUUACGCUUCGGACGAAACAUCGCAAGACAAGGCCGAUUAUCAUGUCACCGGUAAAUACGGAUCCCAAUUCGACUUUGACGUCGUUUCCAACUACGAUGUCAAUCGCGAUCACACUAAACCCACGUUGACCAACAUGAAAUUCGUCGUAAAUGUUCCAGACACGAAACUGAAACAAGUUGUUUUCGAACAUUCGUGCAGCGUGAAGACUCCUGAGGCCGAAGAUGGCUUGUACGAAGGUAAACACAGCAACUCAUUGAAAGUAAGUGACAAAACUCUCGCUUUCGAUGUCAGUUACAAAGCCAACCAAAAAACUGGUGAUCUCAAGGCUGUCUUUAAUUUGCCCGAAACUGAUCCUGUGAACGUCAAAUUGAGCUACAACCGCGAAAAAGACGCCACUGAUGCCAGAAAAGCUCAUGUUGACUUUGAAGUUUUGUACCAAAAGGACAAAAAGGUGCAUUUGGUGACUGAUUCGACAUUCGGCGCCAACGAUGUCGCAGUAAAAGCUUCAUUGCAAUCACCCGCUGAAAAGGCGAAGGAUGUCAAACUCGAUUUCGCCUGGAACGUCUCUGGAGGAAACAAAUAUUCGACAGCUUUGAAGGUUGAUGUUGACUCGAAAGCCUAUGCCUACAACGGAGUCGUCGUUUUAUCGGAAGUUUCACCCUCGGUUUUGGUUGAAUUUGUGCAUCCCGACAAAACUACGAAACUCCACUUGGGUGUCCAAAAAUUGGAAGACUCGAAAUACGUGUUGCAAGUUGAAUUUGUCAACGUUUUGGACUACAAUUUGGAUCUCAAGGCAGAAGCUUUCUUCAAAUCGCACGACAACUUCUACUUGACCGUCAACAGCGACUCAACGAAGUACAAACAAGUCGUUGUCAAGAUCAACAGCAAGCAAGGCGGCAAGGGAGUCGAAUUUGUCGGCACCAAGGAAGGCAAGAACGUUUUGAGUGGUUCUGCUGAGUUCCAAGUGAAGGAAGACAAGGGCAAAACAAUCAUCGAAGGCACUGGAAACGUGAAAUUGUACGAAGAUCAACAAGCCACCACCUUCAAAUUCAUCCGCAACAAGUUCGAAGCUACCAAGGAUGGGGAAACUGGUGUUUCUUUCGUGUUUGAUGGUCGCAUCGGCACCAAAAACAUCAUCUCGGAACUCAAAUUGACCGAUAAGAAUGUCGCCUUUAAACAUACGGUCUGCGAAGCGAAGAAGCAAUGUGUUAACGUUGACUUGCGUUCGACCAUUCAAAAGACGGAAUUCAACGACUUUAAACAUGAAUUGCUUAUUUCCGUGGAUUUGCGUGAACUUGGAUACUCUCAUGAGUUUGGAUUGAAAGCUGAUACCUCAAAGGUUGGCAUGGUUAUCGAUCAUACCGUUGACAUGCAUUUGCAAUCUCAGGAUCAAAACAAGUAUCAAUACUCGUUGUAUGUCCACAAAAACUCUGCUGGAAUCGUUUUGACGUUGCCUGCACGUACAAUCGCCUUGGAAAGUACCUACAAUUAUCCAAGUGAUCAGUUGUUCGGUAAAUAUGAUGCUGGCGUCGCUUUCUAUUUGGACAAAAAGAACAAUCCAAGUGGCAAGACAAGUCUCACGUACAUCGGAAGUGUCGAUCGUACCGGAACGAAUGUCGUCAAGGGUAAGAGCGAAUUGCGUUUGGAUCAUCCUUCGAUGAAAUCUUUGUCAGUGUCUGGAUUUACUCUUCUCGAUGCCGAUAAUCAACGUGCUCAAGCUAAGGUUACGUUCGAUGUCUUCCAACAAGAAGCCAACAAAGUUGUUGUCCAAGCCAACUACGAAAAUGCCGAUAAGAGUGGCAAGGGAUUCAAUGUCACGUCUGACGUUAAGGUCUCGAGCAAGGGAUUGAAGCUUGAAACAGGCUUCGAUGGUCAUGCCGCGUUGAAUUACGACACUCGUGUAUUCAGUUUUGGAGCUAAUGCUGUCUGCCCCACGAAAGACUUUGGAUUCGGUUCGUAUUUGUUCGUCAGUGAGAAGGUAUUUGAGUUGUAUGGACGUGUCUUUAACGAAGAAGUUCUUAAAGUUGCUGCCAAUUAUGACUUGGAAAAACGCAGUGCGACAUACAAUUCGGUCUUCAAACAGUUGGGAAUGACUCCGGUUGUUGUUACGGGACAAGUUGAUGGUUUAACGACUGCUUCGUUCUCGUUGAGCAAGGAUAAGGUACUUGAUGUCAAGGGACAAUUCGAUCUCGGAAAGGAAGCCUCCGUUACCGUAAGUGGCAAUGGAAAGGGCUUGUUUAAUGGCAAAGUUGCUCUCGAUGAUGGACACUUCCUUGCCACAAACUUCGAAGUGCAAGAGGAGGAAAUCAAGACGUUCUUGGAUCAAUUGCAAACGACGACAAAGAGCGAAAAUGAUGCCGCUCGUCAAGCAUAUGCCGCCAAAUUUGAGAAUCUCAAGACCACUGUUACCGGCCAAUUCAAGGCUUUGCAAUCGUCAUUCCCCGACUUUGGUAAAAUGAAGGGAGAUUACCUGUCACAAUGGGACAAAUUCCAAGCUGAGUUGCAAGCUGAUCCAACCAUCAAGAAAAUUGCUGAUUUCCUUACACAAACUGCCGCUGCAGUCACGAAAUUCGUCGAUGAAGUUACCACCACGUUCUUGGGCUACUACGAAAAGGUCUCGAAACUCGUUUCGGACUUUUACUUACAAGUUGAAGAGGCAUUCAACACCAAAUUCUUGCCAAUGUUCAAGGAAUUGUACACGCAAGUCGAAGCUUUUGUCUACAAAUUGUACGAAGAAUUUGUUUCGUUGGUUGGUGGAGUCUUUGAACGUGUUGCAAAGGCAUUGAAGGGAUUCCAAACGGAUUUCAACAAAAUGUCUUUAGCCAUGGCUGAUUUGUUCAAAAAUGUCAGUGCUUAUUUCAAGGAAUACGUUCAGCAAUUCGAGAAGGAAGUCCGUGAUGUGUGGGAAUUGUUCCUUCAACAACUUCAAGCACUUCCAGGACUUGAAAUGGUUAAGACUAAGGUUGAAGAGUUCUUUGCACAACAUGCUGUCGGAGAACAAGUUGCUGCUUUGUUGAAUGAAUUACUUGAUUUGGCACGCGAACAUUUGCCAACAGAGGAAUCUAAGGCCUUUGUUAAGAAAUUGAGCGAUUAUCUCACUGCUAAAUUAUUGAAACAACCUGUCAACGACACCCAAUCCGUCAAGGAAUUGUUCGAAUUGUACGUCAAAGCUGUCCGUUCUCUCUUCAAAUUCGUCUCAAACUUGCGUAAAGACAAAGAUGUCAGCGGAUGGAUGAACAAUUUGCCCGUUUCCUUUGAAUCCUUCAAGCGUGUCAGCUACAUUUGGAACGUCAAAUUCAGUCCGUUGAACUGUUUGCGCGAAGGUGGAUGCUUCUCGUUGCGCAAUCUCUUGUCCUACCGUCCAUAUGGCUUCCAAUUCACCGAACUUUUCCCUCCGUUCACGUUCCACGGACACAUUGGCGAUGGCGAACACAUUUUCACCUUUGACGGUCGUCACUUGACCUUCCCCGGAUCUUGCAACUACGUCUUGGUACAAGAUGCAUUCGAAAAUAACUUCACCUUGGUUGCCAAUUUGGUCGAUGGAAAGAUGAAUAGUUUGACGUUGUUCGACAAAGGAGACUCAAUUGAAGUGACGAAGGAUGGCGUUGUUAAUUUGAAUGGUGCACCAACGGAAUUGCCUGCUCAUCAUGGAGAUCUUGCGAUUUGGCGUCGUUAUUAUUCGGUUUCGGUUGCUACGACUUACGGAUUGCAUUUGUUGUGCAGCACUGACUUGCGUGUGUGCCAUGUUACGGUCAACGGAUUCUACCAUGGACGUCUUCGUGGUUUGUUGGGUAAUGGAAAUCACGAGCCUUAUGACGACUUUGUCUUGCCAAGUGGCGAAGUGACGGAAGAUGAUGCUACUUUCGGAAAUGCUUAUGGAUUGGGAACUUGCAAACCUGUAGCGAAACUCACGCACGAACAUGAAUCUGAUGAAUUGUGUAAUUCGUUGUUCGGUGGUGGCUCUAACUUGCGUUUAUGCUACUUCAUGGUUCCACACAAGAACUACAAGGAUGCCUGUGCACAUGCCGUUAAGAAGGCCGCCGAUAAGAAAGAUGCUGCUUGCAACAUGGCUCUGCUCUAUGCUUCGACAUGCAAAUUGGAGCAUAUUCCAAUUCAAGUGCCCGAACAAUGCGCAAAGUGCAAGGUUGACGGCAAGGAUGUCGAGUUGGGGGAUGAUUUUGACAUGAAAUUACCCCAAAAACAAGCUGAUGUUGUUCUCGUUGUCGAUACCACGGUCAAGCCAGAACUUGUUAAUGGACUUGUAGGAGAUUUGCGUAAGGAAUUUGCAGCGCGCCAAAUUAACGAUGUUCAUGUCGCACUCGUUGGAUACAAUUAUGACGAGAAGUACAUUUAUCACUUCACCACAAAGGGCGGUUUGGACUUUACAGGAACUUAUCCCAAUGUUCCAAUGAAUGAAUUCCCCAAAUAUCAAAAGCCAGUAGUGACGGGAGAUGAACGUGUCGACAAAUUUACCGCUAAUUUGUUCAAAAUCACGAAACAAUUGCAAGCUGACUUGGGAUUCUCGCCUGCAGGACGUGCCGUUAAGGAAGCUUUGGACUAUCCAUUCAGACCGGCUGCCGUUAAACACGUUUUGGUCGUUCGUGGAAGCGGUUUAGAUAACGUUUCUCCUGCCGGAUUCUCUGCAAUGAGCGCUAUUCAAGGUGUCGCCGCUCUUCAAGGAGUUUCGAUGCACGCUUUGUUGCCUUUGGAUGAUUUGACUGUUGGUGGAGGUGCGGAUGCUAAAAAAGUUGUUGGAUUCAGCAAACACAGCGUUUUCCAACUAGGAGAUGGUCGCAAACGUCCCGAAGGAACCCCUGAACUCCGUUCUGAGCUUUCCUAUGAACAUGACAAAUUAUUCGAUACCGUAAUGCAAGAGAACGGAAUGGUUUUCGCUUUGCAAAACUACGAAGCACUUGAUGCCAAACAAAAACGCGGAUUUACAGUGACACUCGCUGCUGCCGUUGCCGACUUGACAUCACGGACAGAACAGAAAUUGGAAUGUGUUUGCGUUUUGAAGCACAGUUUGUUCCCCGAGCAAUUGUGCCACGUUGUUGAAGAAAAUGUCAUGCCUCCCAGUUACAAAGUUGCUGCUCGCGGUUAAGAAACGGAAAAUAAUUUAAAAGUUUGAUAAGUCUGAAAUCUCUCAGUAAAGAUAUUUUUGUUGUUUUUUUUUUUGUAAUUUCUGUUAAAUUAAUCAAAUGCUAAAACAUGCUAAAUGUAAAUAUUUAUAACCAACAAAACCAUCAUGUGAUGAACUCCAACAAAAAAAAGAAUAAAAGACAAAAUCGUGUACAAAACAUAUUUAAGAUCAUUUUGUUGAACGAUGAAAAAAAAGACAAAUAAAAAGAUGUAAUUUUUAAA